AGCUGAGCCGAACGAGCAGCUGCUGGCCCUGGGACCGAGUGCGGCUCCAGCCACAUCCACCAGCCCAACCGAAGGCAGCCAGGCCCGGCCACCAGCUCUGGCUCCUCUUGCUCGGCAUCAUGACCUUCUCCCAGAUCGUGGACAGCGUGAACAGCAAGGGCCCCUUCCAGUUCCUCAUCAUGGUCCUGCUGGGCCUCCCGGUCCUCGGCCUGGCCAACCACAACCUGCUGCAGAUCUUCACGGCGAGCACCCCUGCCCACCACUGCCGCCCACCCCCCAACGCCUCUGCGGGGCCCUGGGUACUCCCCAGGGGCCUGAAUGGGAAACCGGAGUCGUGCCUCCGUUUUGUGCAUCCGCCCAAUGCCAGCCUGCCCAACGACACCUGGGGGGCCACCGAGCCGUGCAGGGACGGCUGGGUCUACGAUGUCAGCGCCAGGGACUCCAUUGUGACCGAGUGGGACUUGGUGUGUGACUCGAACAAGCUGAAGGAGAUGGCCCAGUCUGUUUUCAUGGCAGGCAUGGUAAUAGGGGGAAUCUUGCUGGGAAGCCUGUCUGACAGGUUUGGCCGAAAGCCCAUCCUGUCCUGCAGCUACCUGCUGCUGGCGGCCAGCGGCUCAGGUGCAGCCUUCAGCCCCGCCCUUCCCAUGUACAUGGCCUUGCGCUUCCUGUGUGGCUUCAGCAUCGCAGGUGUUACCCUGGGCUCCGUGAUCCUGAGUGUCGAGUGGGUGUCCACCCGGAUGCGGGCCAUCAUAUCGGUUGGGAUCGGCUACUUCUACACCAUAGGCCAGUUCGUCCUGCCCGGCCUGGCCUACGCCAUCCCCCAGUGGCGCUGGCUGCAGCUCACGGUGUCCGCUCCCUUCUUCGCCUUCUUCCUGUUGUCCUGGUGGAUACCAGAGUCCAUACGCUGGAUGGUCCUGUCUGGCAAGUCUGUGAAGGCCCUGAAGAUCCUCCAGUGGGUGGCCGCCUUCAACGGCAAGAAGGAGGAGGCAGAGAAAAUCGGCCUGGAGGAGCUCAAACACAACCUGCACAAGGAGGUCUCCUUGACCACGGCCAAGCACAGCAUAGCUGACCUGUUCCAGACACCCAUUCUGCGCCGCGUGACCUUCUGCCUCGCCCUGGCCUGGUUUGCCACCGGUUUUGCCUACUACAGUUUGGCUAUGGCUGUGGAAGAAUUUGGAGUCAACCUCUACAUCCUCCAGCUCAUCUUCGGCGGGGUCGACAUCCCAGCCAAGUUCCUGGCCAUCCUCUCCAUGAGCUACCUGGGCCGGCAUAACACCCUGGUCGCCGUCCUGCUCCUGGCAGGGGUGACCAUCCUGGCUCUCAUCUUCGUGUCCUCGGACUUGCAGACCCUGAGGACAGUGCUGGCUGUGUUCGGGAAAGGGUGCCUGUCCAGCUCCUUCAGCUGUCUCUUCCUCUACACGAGUGAACUGUACCCCACGGUCAUCCGGCAAACAGGCGUGGGCAUAAGUAACCUGCUGGCUCGCAUAGGAAGCAUGACGGCCCCCCUGGUCCCCACGGGUAAAGGAGCCAAAGCGGGAGCCAGAAGCAGAGAAAGAUUCCCAGAGGACCCCUCUGCAGCCUUGCCGACCAGGCCUGGGCCCCGGCUGAGGGCAACACAACCUCCGAGACAAGCCCCAGCCAGGUCCCUGCCUGCCUCUGGGCUCCACAGGCACCUCGGGGGGGCAGGGGGGCCCUGGGCAGGUUGGUGCUCUUAGAACAAAGGCUUCUGAGAGCUUGGUGGCACUAUUGCCACCGCCACCGCUCCCCCAGCCCAGCCCCAACCAGGUCUAAGACUCAGCCACUGGCCUUCCCAGACCCUGCCGCCCUCUUCCUCCCUGCAGCCCAGGCCUUGCCACUUUCCCCACGGUCCCACCUCCUUUUCCCUGAAGUCCCCUGGCCACCCUGGCUCAACCCUCCCUCCCCUUCCUGCCCUCUGCCCCCCUUUUUAAUGGGAGGUUUCAAUAAACAACAAUGAACACCU